AUGGGGCGACGUGUUCGCUACACGAAUGGACCAGCUGAGAACUCAGCUGGAUACGGCUCAAGGACGUCGUCAACGUCACUCACGAUACUUGAGAACAUCUUGGAUGACAAUGGCGAGGGAACGAAACGAGUGGAAGCGAUGCUGGGGCCCGCACGUCCAGUGAAGACGGGCCAUCUAAGUAUUCAAGUAUAUAAGCCGAAAAACUUCAUAAUAGCCAUGGGAAUCACUGCUGGUAUCAACUUGAACGUUGGCGAUGAGUUGCACUCAUCCUCGCUGCAGCAACAGACUGCUGCACCCUUGGACGGGUAA